AUGAAAGGAUCAUCGCAACACCACUUGACCGAUUCCGACAUAUCCUUGCAGCUCUCUGAUGCGUCUCCGUUAUCGUCUGAAUCCGAUCAAGAGCAACCACCUGGUCGACGACGACUUUCGGAUACGACAGUAGCAACCAAACCAGCAAGCAAGCAAACGUCAAAGAAGAAAAAGUCAACAUCCAAUGCAAAAAAGAAGACAACUACCACCAACAACAAGAAACGUUCAUCCAACGCGACAACAUCAUCCGUUAAUACCAUCACCAUUCCAGUUUCAAGCAUCACUCACUCACCUGAAUAUUGCAUUUGUCGUAAAGGAUAUGAUGGCAAAGAAUUUAUGAUUGCAUGUGAUGGCUGUCAAGAAUGGUUUCACGGCCGUUGUGUAGGUGUGAAACCUAAAUCAGUGACCGGAAAGUACUUUUGCGAAGCGUGUAGCACCACAACAACAAAGUCGCGUAACAAAGGUCGGAAAGGAAAGACGAAGCGGAAAACCAACAAAAGCCAACCCGUUGUCGUCGAACCUGUCACCAUUUCAUUAUCACGUGAUGAAGAAGACAUUGACGACAUUUGCCCUGUAUGUGACACCGAAUGUACAUGUGGAGCAGCAGAACCCGAACCGGCACCAGCACCAUUACCAGCAACAGAACCAUCAGCAUCUAUUGAAUCACACAAAGAGCCUGAGCUUGUAGCGACUGAUGAAUGGGAGGUUACGGAUGAUAAGAUGGUUGUCGAACGUAUUGGUAUUGAGCCAGAUCAAGAAUUACUCGACGUUGAUGCAAUAUCCGAUAUGGAUGAUGCCAAAAGCAGUACAUACACAUCCAGCAUACACAUUGAUUCGGGGGAUGAUGAAGAUAUCGAAAGAGAGGAAGAAGCAGCAAUCAUUAGAGAUGUUUUACAACAUGGAGAUGCCUCUGAUUUCGAUUCGGAUGAUUUAUUGGAAGAGGAUGAUGAAGAGGACGAGGAAGCUUUCUAUUAUUACGCUGAUGAAACGGAUGAAAGCGAUACUGGUGUCAUCCAUGAAGAAAGCGAUAAUGAAUAUGAGCACUCAUCAUUUCGAAUGUACAGCCUCGGUGAAGGAUGGACUUCAUCCGAAGAAGAAGAAGACGACGAUCACGACCAUGAUCACGACCAUGAAGAAGAAAUCAUUGAUACACAAGCUGCACCUUCUGACGACGUGCCUGGUGUAGAUGGAAAUCUCUUUGACAGCAUUGCAUCAGCGUUUAUGGAGAUCUUGACACCACUUGCAGAGAAUCAGGAUAUGGCAUCAUUAUUGGGUCUCGUUACCAACGAUCAACAACAACCACAACAGGAUAUGGGACGUCGAUUAUCUUUACCGAGCAGCGCUGUACAGGAUCAUCCACCAGAGGAACUUACAUCAGAAACGCUUGGUGCUAUGGCAGCUCUAGAAUCCGAAUUACCACUUUCCACAGCCAAAGAAGAUGAACAACCAUUCCUAGAUCAUCAGCCAGAAGAGACCGUGUCAUUACCUACCACCCCAAUACAGUACGAUCUCAAGUUACAAGAGCAGCUUUUUGAGCUGGUAGGAAAUCAAUCAGCACCAACGAGUCCACGAGAGGUUCUUUCCAAUCCUGCUGAUUCUCCGGAUAUCAAUGAAAAGAAAAGGAGCUUCACAGAGCCACCUUCAAGAAGCAAAAAGCGUCGGAUAUCAAUUUCAUCCUCUGCAACCCCACCACCCGAUGAGAAUGAAGCAGUAUCCAUGGAUGAGCUUGUGGAUACAUCUCAAUUAUAUACACGAUCAUCUUCAUCACCCGAGCCCGAGGAGCCGGAUACCCAAGUAUCACGAGACUUGUCUCGAUGGCAACGAGUCCCCAUUGGUGCCUUUCGCUUGAUGCGAUCCAAAAACAAACUCUGGCUUGAACGCUAA